AUGGGUUUGUUUUUUCUUUUUCCCGCAGAAGAUGUGCCAGCUGUAGAAAGUAUUUAUCCCUCUCCAUUCCGCUCUUCAGCACCUCAAAUCAAUCCCAUCAUGCACAUCCUCCCCAUUCUUCUCUCCCUCGCGGGUUCAACCAUCGCCAACGAUGCCAUCGUCGGUGGAUCCAUCGCCAAAGAGGGACAGUUCCCCUACCAAGUCUCUGUCCGAACCUCCUCGUUCAUAUGUGGUGGAACCAUCGUCGACAAAGACCACAUCCUCACAGCCGCCCACUGCGUGGACGGCAAGCCCACCGAAAGACUGAAGAUCCGAGCAGGCUCACUCAAGCACGCUUCAGGCGGGACAAUCGUCCAGGUCGCCAAUGUCACGCAGCAUCCAGAAUGGAACGCAGACACCCUGAAAAACGACAUUGCUAUUCUGAAGCUGGCCUCGAGUCUGGACUUCGGAUCGACCAUCGCUGCCGUGGAGCUGCCGGCUUCAUCGGAUGCUAUGCCGGAGACAGGGACGCAAUGCUCUGUAUCGGGUUGGGGGGCGACUUCGGCUGGAGGUAGCACUCCCUCUAACCUUGAGGUUGCCUACAUUGAUGUCAUCGACCAUGCUCAAUGCGUGGAGGAGUACAAGAGUGAUAAUGAGGUCGAUGACUCUAUGAUCUGUGCUGGUGCCGAGGCGGGCGGAAAGGAUGCUUGUCAGGGAGAUAGCGGUGGUCCGCUUGUGGAUGUGAGCACAAAGAAGCAGAUCGGAGUUGUUUCGUGGGGAUUGGGGUGCGGAAGACACAACCAGCACGGUGUGUAUGUGAGCACUGCGGCGUAUCUGGAUUGGAUUAAAGAGACGGUGUCGUCUUGA